GGCGAAUCCGAGCCAAAGAAGAAAGUUCGUCGCUCGCUGCUGGCGAGCGAAAGUAGGUAAAAUCGGCAGUCAACCUGCGGGACGAGUCAAUUGGCGAAUACUUUCGGAUGGAGAGUCGGGAAAGCUGCACAGUCAGUUCUUGAUGCAAUUUGAUAUCUAUUCAGCUAUUUAUCCCCUGACUCCACAUGGUUUAACCGUUGUCAUGAAUUACUGUGUAAUUCUCUUCACGAUACUGAUGAUCUCCAAUUAAGAGUGUUAGAAGUCAAGGCAAUCAUGGUUGAUGUCCUACCUAAUGCAAUAUUGGAAAUAUGUGUCGUUGUGGGAGCAUCUAAUGAAAAACUGAAGGAAAUAUGCCAGGCAGUCCAUAAAGAUCGUGCUCAAUCAUAUACUUGUCUUAGCCCAGAGGUUCGGUCAGUUCAUGUUCCUCCAUUUGUUACCAAAGAGGACAAUCAGUCCGGUUAUUUUGCUCAAAAUUUUACCAGAACUCCAAGGCACCGCUCAUUCAGAAAGCAGAAGGAAUUCAAGCAUGCAACUCCUGUCUCAAGCAAUGCAAAUACAAGUCACAAAGAGCCACAGACUGAAGAAUUUAGCGUUCCAAAUAAUAUAGAUCUUCAAGGAUUGCCUCAGUUAUGUUUCCCAGGAGAACUGCAAAUACAAACUGAACCAAAAGAGGACCACUAUCAUUUCUUGGUGUUCACCGAUGUUUUUGGAACAAGAACCUAUGGUGUGGCAGUGCAGUUCUACAGACCUAUUCAGGAAGGAAACGGUUUCCAAAAUGGACAAGCACACUGGGAUAUAGCUGUGCAUAAACCGAGAAUGUCUUUAUAUGCCCCUUUCAGUAUUUGUGUGAUAUCUAAAUUUCCUUAUUAUGCAGCCUUUAAGGAUUCUCUCUCCUGUCUGACAGCGCAGGUGAAGUCAUGUUGUGAGGUUGACUUUGAUGAUGAAGUUAGACGAUUUGCAGCAAAAUUAGCAUUGAUGUCCAGUCCACCGCCUGGAACCCUCCAUUUGGUAUUUCAUUUGAAACCUCUGGAGAUUGUGUUGCCUUCCAGAGAGGAUCCUAAAUACCCCAUAGUAGAUUUGGACCUUCACAGCCCUUUUCUCUGCUUCAAACCUGAAUGUAUCCUUCAGAUCCUGACAUGCAUUUUAAUAGAACAGAGGAUAGUCUUUCUGUCAGCUGACUGGGCUUUGCUGACACUCAUUGCAGAAUGUUUUAUUCUCUAUCUUCACCCACUCCAGUGGCAACAUACCUAUGUGCCUGUUCUGUCCAAAGGGAUGGUGGAUUUUCUGAUGGCACCAACAGCUUUCCUGAUGGGCUGCCAUAUUGAUUACUUCAAUCAAGUUCAAUCUGAAGUUGAAGGCUUAAUAUUGGUGAACAUUGAUGAAGGGACAAUUAAAUCCUCAAGCUUUGCAGAUAUCAAACCAGAUAUUCCUGAAAUUCCUGUAGAAGCUGCAGAAUGUUUUACACAAAGAGUUGAAAGCCUGCAGUUGCAUUAUGAUCUGGAACUAUCUCACUUGGGCUCCUGCACAGAUAUUUCAGAUUUACGAAUACGCAGAAGGGACUGGCAGCGGAAUUUAAACUCUCAGAUUCAGGAAAUAUCUUUGGAACUGAUGGUUAAUAUCUUCAGGGAAGUGUCAGAUCAUCUUAAUUAUGAAUAUCGCGUCUUCAACAGUGAAGAGUUUUUGAAGACCAGAACUGUUUCUGAUCGGCCUUUUUACAAAAAGGUAUUGGAGACCUAUAUAUUCCAUUCCUUCCUCAAAGAUCGUUUGAGUGGAAAGAUGGAUGCUUUCGGCUGCAUGGAAUUCUGCAUUUACUCCGAGAAUGACAGGAUGAAGAUGCUAGAUAGCCCACGAAGGCCCACAAUGGAAGAGAUGGCUUCGAGGAAAGAACGCACUGCUGACUUCUUAAUGAUUAAACAACUUGCUGCAAGCAUGCCAAAUCUACCAGUGGAUUUCCUGCAUGAUUUUUCGAUUGACCAUCUGUCUGUGAAGAAGAACAAGCUUGAAAAUGCUUUAAAAAGAAACACAAAGUCAAUAAGAAGAUUCAAGCUGCCAGAGUUUAGCUGCCCACUUACUUAUUCCAGUGUGAUUGCAUGGUAUACAGAUUCCAUCAACUUGCUGAGCAGAGCCAUAAAUUCCACAGGACCUGAAAGCUCAAGUCUAUUGGCACGAUAUUACUAUCUCCGUGGAUUGGCUUAUUUGAUGCAGGAAAAGUUUCAGGAGGCACUUUUGGACUUCCAGAACCUUUAUAAGACUGACCGUGACAUUUUCCCCAAAGAACUUGUAAAGAAGGUGAUAGGUGCAAUGUCUCCAGAUCAACGCAAACAUGCAAGUCGGAAGCCAGAACUAAAGCGACUUAUUAGCAUAAUGUUAGAGAAAGAAGGUGAUGUGACUGCACCUGAUGAACAUGUCAAAACUUUUCAGCUGCCUAAAACGCACAUGCAUCAAGAUGAUUUUAUGAAACGAAUCCAGGAAUCUGGAAUUGUGAAGGAUGUUGACACCAUUCUUCGGCUGUUUGAUGCCCUAACGAUCGGACAUCUGAAACAGAUUGAUCCUGAGACAUUUAAAGACUUUUACAACUUUUGGAAGGAAUCUGAGACCGAGGCACAAGAAGUUAAUCUGCCUCUGGAAGUGAUAGAGCACCUGGACAAAAAUGAAUGUGUCUAUAAAUUGUCAUCAUCUGUGAAGACCAAUUAUGGAGUUGGCAAAAUUGCAUUGACACAGAAGCGACUGUUCCUUCUUACAGAAGGAAGACCUGGCUAUGUUGAGAUUGCCAAAUUUAGAGACAUACAGGAACUUGAAAACAUAUCAGUGAUGUUUUUCCCACUUCGAAUCCCUGCUCUAAAAAUUAAAACUACUUUGAAAGAACCGUUUAUAGGAAACCUGAAGAAUGAACGUGAUCUUUGGCAAUUAAUUGUGAAGGAAAUGUGGGCUGGGAAAACAAUGGCAGAUAAACAUAAGGAUCCACAGUAUAUUCAGCAAGCAUUAACCAAUGUUCUAUUGAUGGAUGCUGUGGUUGGAUGUAUGCAGUCACCUCGAGCGAUUUAUGCAGCUUCCAAGUUGGCUUAUUUUGAUCAGAUGAAGAAUAUGGUGGUUCCUAAAACAACUUCAGAGACUUUAAAACACAAGAUUAAUCCUUCUGCUGGUCAAACUAGUCGUCAGGCUGUGAAUGUGCUCCUGUAUACACCAGGUCAUAUGAUACAACAAGAAGAGGAUGAGAAUGCAAAUCCGAGACUAUGGUGUGCAUUAAGUGAAGGAAAAGUAGUGCUCUUCAAUGCAACAUCUUGGUUCAUUCAGCAGCACUGUAUUCAAGUCGGAAACUCAAAAUUGAACUGUAUGUUGGGAGUGGAGUUCAGCCAAAUUUGGGUUGGUUCACAAGAUUCCUCUAUUUAUAUUAUAAAUACUCUCAGCAUGUCCUGCAACAAACAACUGACUGAACACUGCACCGAUGUCACUGACAUGGUCCUUGAGGAUCAGGGCUCAAAGCUCAGUCAAAAACAAGUGCAUUCAUGCAGUCUAGAUGGAAGAAUCAUUUGCUGGGAUGUGAAAACAUUAGCGAUAAAGACAAAUUUUCAGUUGCCUGACUGCCACAAGCUAACUGCCAUUAAACUUCACAAUUCUAUGCUCUGGUGUUGUGUAGGAGAUGCACUGCUGGAAGUGAAAAAAAAUGGGCAACUAUUACGAAGGGUGAUACUGGAAAAACCAGAAGGAAACCAUGUCUAUUUUAGCUGUUUCCUUGUAUUUCCUGAGAAAAAUCAACUUGUGGCAGCAUGUGGUGAUAAUGGAGAAGUUUAUAUUUGGGAUAUGAAGGAUCUUUCAAAACCCAGUCAAAAGAUUCAGCUUCAGGACUGCAAGAGUAUUGGUUGUAUGAUACUUGUUAAAAAUCAGCUCUGGAUUGGAGGCAAAGGAUCAGACAAAGCCAGAGGGAAAAUCUACGUGGUAGACACAUUCAAGUACAGUGUGGAAAAGGAACUGGUGGCUCAUGUAGACAUGGUUCGAGCAUUGUGCUGUGCUGAAGACAGAUAUGUUCUUAGUGGUGCUGGCAGAGAAGAUGGGAAAGUUGCCAUCUGGAAAGUGGAAUAAUUUAUUUUCUUUGCUAUAGCAUUGAACUUUGUUCACCUAAGGGGUAUGCAAGGCUAUAUGCAAUGUCUUGUAUUUUGGUGCGGCUGUUAAAUAAUGUUUCUCAAACAAAAACAAACUUACCUGCACAAGAAUUAAUUAUUGCUUCUAACAGUAAUACCUGUUUGUUCUGCUUCAUUUUGAAAAUACAGAGCAAUCAGGAAUUUGCACUGAUACAGAGCAGUCUUGGUGUCCAGAGAGGUGAAACAUUUGAUCUGCAUUUUUCACUUUGAUUUCACACAAUUGGUACAAGAUACCUGUUGGAGUUAAAUAGUGCAGAUAAAAACAUAUUUAAACUUGUGCAAUAAUGAAAUUACCUGGCAAAGCAAUCUUGAAAUGUCGUGUUUCCAUUGUACAAUUGAUGAUAACUUAUUUGCUACUUUCUCACUUGAUCUAUUCAUCAAAUUACACAUGUCUAUUACUUACCUUUGCAUAUAUCAGAUUAACCAAAGCAAUAGUAACCAGAUUGCCAAAUAUGAUUGCAACUUUCUGAAGCUCAGACAGCAUCUGUAGAGAGAGAAAAACUGUUAACGUUUCAGGUAGAUGACCUUUCAUUAGAUCUGAAAGGUCAUUGACCUGAAAUGUUGUUCUGUUCCUCUCCGCACAGAUGUUGCCUGAUUAGCUGAGUAUUUCCAGCAUUUCCUGUAUUUGUUACAGAUUUUCAGUAUCUGAAGUAUUUUGCUUGUAUACAAUUCCAGCAUUUCUGCAUUCUGUUUGCAGUUUAAAUGAUUACUCAAUCACAUUUUUUCUGUAUUCAAAGUUGCUAUAUGGAUAAGUACAAUCGCAGAACUGCAGGGCGAUUGCAUUGGGGGUUACCCUUCAACUAUAUUUUAAAAUGGAGUGGGGAAUAACCUAAGGAAAGAUUUAAAAUGAAGUUAACUUAAUUUAAGAGCAUAGAAGCAAACUUGGCCUUGAGUAUUGGAUGGAAUAUGAUCAAGAUAUUUUGAUUGAGCUGUAUGUGUAUUUUUAAAAAAAAAGUUUGUGGUGUUAUAUAAUCAAAUGUAUAGGACUGGAAAAGACUUGUGGUCUAUCUGGUCAAUCCGUGUGCAUAGGAAAUAUCAUACCCCAAUACUUUUUGCAAAGGAAUUUGAAAGCUUCAAAAUGCUCAUACAAUUUCUAGCAACUUGUGAAACUUUGAACCUUAACCACCAAGUUGUCUAUAGCCUGUGAUUUUACAUCACUGCCCAUUGUAUAUGUUUAAAUAACCUACAUCUAUUUAUAUAAUUAUAUAAACGUUAAAAUGCUUGAUCAGCUACAAGUUUAUAUUUUAAAUAAUUUGCAAUGUAAGCAAAUAAUGCAGUUCUGCAUUAAUUAAUGCUAGCGUUAGUCAUGAUGGAAUUCACCUAUAUAACAUUUUAUCCAUGGAGUGACUGUUCCUUUUUCUUUGAAGUGAUUACUGCAAAUUUCUUACUAAUUAUUAAUUAUCAUUUCAGAUAGUUAAGCUAUGGAAUAGAUUUUUUAAAAAGUAACACAAGUGGCCUUUUAAAACCAGCAGUAUUGAGUGGACAUGAUAAAAGCCAAAAGAAGAUGACAAGUGUUCAGUGGAGUGUAUUAAAAAGUGUUUUGUUUUUGCAAAAGUUAAAUUGAAAUUGUUAUAUGAAUGCAAAAUUUGAUUUUUGUAUACUAUUUCUUUAAAAAAUGACAUCCACAAUGCAGCACGACAAAUAUACUUCUCAGGUGUUGCAUAAUUUCAAUAAAUGCUUUUUUUUUAAAA